AUGCCUAAAACCACCAAAUCUUCACGGUCCCGUCUUAUCCCAACCAAAAGAUCCCUCCUGCCCCCAAAAUCAAACCAACACAAAGUGUGCAAAGUGCUCAACCCUAGCGCGAUCCCCGCAGAAACACGCAUGAAACAAUCCCACGAAGAGGCCACCCAAAAAAGAAAUGAAUUCAAGAACCAAAGUGUAAACAAAGACGAAUUUGAAGACGAAGAAGACUACAAACCCAUGGCCCCACGAAUCGAAGUCUCAUUCUCAAUGCCGCCCCAGCCCUUUCUCGACCCACCAACCUGGGAAGCCAUGCUCAAGCACAGUCAACAAAGAUUAGCAGCGCAGUCAGACGAAAGCUCGCCUGAAAAUAUUGCGGAAACGGAGUCCUCUGAGCGACUGAGACAGCGGGUCGAUCGUGAGACGGAGUAUGGGUCUAUGGCUAUUCGCGGUCGGUCGAGUGUACGAGGGCGUGGGAAGGGGAGGGGUCAUGGGAAUGUUUAUUGGGGAGGCAGAAAUUGA